AUGGAGCUUCCAGCCGUCACUCUUCUCCUCCUAGCCAUAGCCGGCCUCACCACCGCUCUGGAAGUCACCCCGGGAUCACGGUGUGCAGUAGAAUGCCUCGACUCGCCUGGUGGAAACGACUUCAGUGCCUCGGACUCGACCACGACGGUGGACGACAUCAGCUGCAAAGACCUGGACUACUCGACCACCGAUGCCGGCAUCAAGUUCAGAAAGUGCCUGGACUGCUUGCAACAUAGCAAGAAGGUUGACAAGACCGAGUCGGACCUGAAAUGGUACAUAUAUAAUCUACGAUAUACCCUCACCACAUGCAUGUACGCCGCGCCCAAGGCCGUGAAAAACGGCACCGUGGCAGCUCAAUGCAAUGUAGACAAGGCCUGCAUGGCCAUGAAGGAGCCGUUGAUAGAGCCAGGUUUCAACGCCAACCCAAACACCACCUGGGAUUACUGCACCGCCAACAACGGUGCCUUCAUGGGGCCGAACCUCUCGCCAUGUAUAAGUUGUCUCCAAGCAACCGAGGGGGAAGCCUAUCUCUCCAACUUCCUGGCUGCGCUCGAGGCCGGUUGCAAACAAGCUCCAGAAGACGGCGCGGUCCUCUCUCUCAGCGGAAGCGUCUUCACCACCUCCCCCAUCAACACGACGGACCCCUCUGCCAACGACCAAGCGAAUCAGUCCAGCGGCAGCCUCUCGCCCAGCGCCAUCGCCGGCAUCGCCAUAGGCGUGUUCCUCAUAUUCCUCCUGGCCGCUGCCCUCCUCGUAGUCCACUUCCGCCGCGAACGGUCCUGGAACGAAUGGGAACAGUCCUGCUACUACUCCAACUUCCCCCCGCCAGCCGCGUACACAGAACAGCCCAUGUCGCAAGCUUACCGUCGCUACUACACCGGCAACGCCUUCAGCGAAAAGGCGCACCCAGCACAGCCCAACUCCAGCGGCGAAUACUACGACCGUGUCGAGGCAGAACUAGCCGCCGCCGCAAGGCAAAACAAGCAAGCCAACUCGGCACCGCAUAGCCACGUCUCAUCCAGCCCGACCAUCCAUAACCAGGACGAGACCCUACCCGCGAGCAGCGUGUGCCGGUCCCGCUCCUUCGGCCACGUCAGUCGAGCGCGAACACCCUCGCCGCCGGCGGAAACUCACACCCACCGCCGCUCAAACACGCCAGACUCGUUUGCCGUCCAGGCCUAUCUAAACGCCGCCGAGGAUUCCGCCCGGCUGGCCGCUCGAAAAUCCAUCCAUCCCACCAGCUACGCCCCAGAGCCGCAAAGCAAGAGAACUCCAGCCAUUUCUACCCCUUAUCUGCCGUAUAUGCCCAAGCUUCGAAUACCCAAGAUAUUUAUCAACAGAGAGGGACCCAGGGAUGUGCGUCAAAUGCAAAUCUCGCCGCCAUUGAUGACGCACGACCCCAGGUUUCACGAUAUACCCAUGUCUGGACCGGUGGCCAUGUCGAGAGAUCGACCGCCGCCCCCGUUGGCCAGUGUUGCCAGGCAGGAUGGCUAUAUCGAAGUUCCUUUGAGAAGUGGGAAAAGCACUCUGUACGGCUACUGA